AAGCGAAAACAAAUUGCCAAACAAUCAGGAACAAGAGGGUUAACAAAACCAUUCACAAGUUUGUGACUUUCCGCUUCCGCCAUAGUUGGCAAUUGGCAAAGCACAUAAACUUUAAUGGAGCAGCACAGAGAAAACGAAGAACAGUCAGAAACCACCCCUCUUCUGAAUCCAGAACCAAUUUUCAAAGAAGAAACCACCCCUUCAACACCAUUAAUAGAAGAAGAAAACUCAGAUCGAGCUAAAAAAUCGGUGCGAACGAAGAUACCUGAAGUGGAAUUGCAUGUAUAUCGCCAAGGUAAAGGUCCAAUUUCUGUCAUGAAAUCCAGUUUAGGAGGUUGGGAUCAAGAUCAAUUGGAAGUACGUGAUAUCUUAGAACAGUUCGGAUUUAAGUCGAUUUAUGCCUAUAAUCCUAAUGAUGGAGAUCGUGGUGUUCCUAUAAGGUUUCAUCCUAGGAAUGGCCGUUCUAUUCUCCCUUACAAAGAUGGUUCUGUUAUUUACAUUGAUGGCGAACCCAAGGACUCCUUGAUCAAACCUGUUACGAGGAUUGUGGUUGGCGUGGCCAUUAUAACUAUCUUGAUAGCUAUCGUGGUGAGUGAAUCACCAAAGUGGGCUGAAAAAUUUAGCUUCAAGGGUAUGCGAAUCUCACCCUGGAUUCUUACAUGUGCAAUAAUCAUCUUUACUCGCAUGAGGAAGCGUACGAAGGACUUUUGCAAGAAUCGUGGUUGGUGUUAGAUAAAUGUGCUUACACUUUCAAAGCUAACAUUUUUUCUCUCUUUUUUGUGCAAUAGUUUUUUUCAAUAAAUUAUGUAACUGGAUUCAACAUGUAACUAAUUUUUUUUACGCUUCUGUCGAGCUCUAGUCUCAUGCAUACGUCGUAAACUAAUCAACCGUACCGUUCUGUUCAAUUUCAUUUGCGUUAUGCAUAAAUCAAUAUAAUGAUGUGAUGCGGUA